AUGCAGCCCCGUCCUCGGCAUACGAGGUUGCAGAUGACGGUGGUGCUUGGUUUCUUGCUGGGCCAAUGGUCCAAUGGUGAUGAUGCUACGUCGUGUGGCGAGGUUGGGGUGGACAUUGGCUGCGGCAUGUGUCAGCAGCUCGGCACGACAGCCCGGCUGUGCCCAGAGCUUAUGUUUUGUGAUUCAGAGAUGUCCGAGGCGCUGUGCCAGCGUGGCCGCCCAGACUUGUCUGAAAAGGAUCUCCUCGCUAUCCAAAGCGGUCUCAGGAGCUCCAUUCCAACUGGCUUCGAGUACCACGGUCAGAGCACCUCUGCCAUGGAGGCAACGUCAAAGAAGCUGAUGUCCCAGCAUUCGCCCACGAGAUGGCUCAGGGACACCUUCGGCAGCCGACACACGAAGCAGCUGGGCACGCUUGGCGGUGGCAAUCACUUCGUGGAGCUCGUCUAUGACGAGGAGGACCGCGUGUGGAUGAUGCUUCACAGUGGCUCCCGCAAUAUCGGAAAUGUCACUGCGCAGUACUACGACAAGUUGGCAGCAAAGCAGUGCAACGGGCGCCCCGAAGCACUGGCCUACCUGAGGAUCGAAUCCCCAGAAGGUCGUCAGUACUUGACCGACAUGACCUUUUGCCAAGCUUACGCCUGGGAGAACAGGCGCUUCAUGAUGGAGUCCUUUGCAAAGGCCGGGAGUGCCGCGGUCGUCAAGAAGGAGACGCGGCGUGAUGCUCUGUGGGAUCAAAUGGUUAACAUCCAUCACAACUACUGCGAGUGCGAGCAGUGUAGGUACCUGGAUCCUGCCACCGAGAGGUGGAAGGAGGAAGAGCUCUGGAUCACUCGAAAAGGGGCGACCAGCGCGAAAGCGGGACAGCUGGGCAUCAUCCCGGGAAGCAUGGGCACCGGAUCGUACAUUGUGCGCGGCAAAGGAGAGGCCGAUUCUUGGCAGCCGGCACCCCACUUUUAA